AUGAGGCGUGAUCCCAGAGAGCAAAACUGCCCAUCUGUAGAUCAAGGCUGUAGCAUCAAGAAGUUCAUUAGAUUGAACCCUUCAACUUUUGCAGGAGGACCUAAUCCAGUGGCUAUAGAGAACUGGGUUCAGGAAAUUGAGGUGAUAAUGGAAGUACUCGGCUACAUAGACGAGCAGAAGGUGAAGCUAUUAGAGGGACAGAGGUUGGUGAAAGUGGCACUGACUUGGGAACGAUUCGAGGAGCUGUUCUUUGACAGGUACUUCCCCUCAUCCACUAGAGAAGAAAAGGUUGAGGUGUUUACCAACCUGACCCAGGGGAAUAUAACUGUUGGGGAGUAUGCAGUGAAAUUUGUGGAGCUAUCUCACUUCGCACCAUUUAUGAUCCCGAAUGAAGCGAGAAAGGCCAGAAUUUUCGAAAAAGGCCUGAGACGAAAGAUCUAUGAACUUGUGGUGGGGUUCCAGGUUCAGAACUUCUCAGACUUAGUGUAUAAGGCCUUGGUACUGGAGAAGAGCUUGCGGGGCAGUACAGAGUCGUCAGAGCAGAGAAAGAGGCAUGCACCUCCCAAUUUUCAAGCUGAGGCUAAUCAAGGUUCAUGGAAGAGAGAAAUGGUGGUGGGCCCGAGGUAG